GGCAUCUUGUUUAAACAGAAAAUAUUUAAAGAAUAAUUUUCAUUUUUCUUCAUUUCUUUAAGAAAGUGUCAAAAUGAGUGGGAGAACAAGUCUUCUUUUAUUAUUAUUAUUAUUUUUACUGGGAGGAAGUGUGAUACCCAUUAAACAUUUUUUCUUCGCCAAUGAGGAAAAUUCAGAAUCAAAGUUAGAGAUAAAAAAAGAGACUCAAAUAGAUGACCUAAUUAAAAAACCAAUUUGACGAAUUCUUUGAUUUCGAAAUUGGUUAUGAUGCAAUUAAUAUUCGAUUUCUUGAUAUUAACAAUUUCAUCCCCGACAAAAGAUAUGAAGCAAGUCUUCUCACUGAGAAUAAUAUUCAACACUAUUGGAACAUUUAUAAUGAUAACAACAAAAUGUCACAUGUCAUCUAUGGUCUCAUGCCAGGAGAAAAAAAUACCUUUAAAUUAAGGAUUAAAGAAAACUUUAAUGAUCUUGUUGUCAAAGAGAAAAAAAUUACAACUAUUUUUCCCGAAAUGAAACCUAGUAGGCCUGAAGGUCCACUCAUAGUGGUAAAUAAAACGGAUACAACAUGCGAAAUAAUGUGGAAGAAAUCUAACAGUGAUAAUAAAUAUCUUGAAAAAUAUUAUAUCUCUGAUGGCCAAAAUAAGUAUCCAAUGUAUUCAGCCCGAAAUGAAAUACGUGAUACGAUUACUGGUCUCAUUCCUGGAUCUGAUAACAAAAUUUAUGUACAUGCUAUGAAUAUUAUUGGAUCAUCUGGACCAAUAUCAGUGAAUUGCCAUACUAAUUCUAAAAGUUAAGGAAAAUGAAAUAAAAAUUAGGUGGGAAACUGAAAAUUUAAAGUAAAAUUGAAAAAAUGGAACUAUUUAAAAUAAAAAAU